AUGAAUACAACAACAUCAACAACAAGUAACAAUAGUGGUAAUGUUAAUAUAGGAGCACCAGCUCCAAUAAGACAACCAUCUAAACAUACAUCAUCAAGCUCAUCAUCAAGCCACCACCACCACCAAUCACAAAACCACCAACACCAUAAAAAAGAUCAUCAUUCAUCUCAAGCAUCGCAAUCAUCACAAGCAUCACAACAAGAUAUAAUUAAUAAUAAACCAUCAGAAUUUCAAUGUAAAUUAAAAUUUCAAAACUCAUUACCAGAGAUACCAUUUGAACCAAAAUUUUUAAAAAUACAAUCCGAUUUCAAUAGAUUUACCCAAUAUAAAACUACAUCAUUAGAGCGUCAAUAUAAACAUCAACUUUUAACCGAACCUCAAUUGGGUAUUCCAAUUGAUCUAAUUGAUCCAUCUGUUUAUAAUACACCAAAAACACCAAUCAGAGUACCAUCACGUGAUGAACCACUUUUAAAAUCAUUAUCAGUUCAAGAUUUAGAAGAAAAGAGUGCAGCUAAAAAGAAGAGUGAAAUUAGACCAAACGUUGGUUGGCUUAGAAGAACUGAAUACCUUUCAAAAGCAGAUGAUAAUACAUUUGGUAGACCACCAGUUAAACGUGCAAGUUUACCAGGCGAUAUUACAAAUUCACCAACCAAUAAUAAACAAUUAAUGAUUCAAGAAGAAAAAGUUAGCGAUAGUACAUUGGUUGAAAAUACAUUUGACAUUUGUGCUUCAAACUAUGUAUUUGUCCAUCCAACCAAUCCAUCAUUAAAACCAACAAGUAUUUUACCAGUUUUUCCAGAUUUCGAAUUAUGGCCAAACUCUUUUACCGAAGUUGCAUUUGAUACUGACCCAUUAGACCAUUAUAUUCCAAAUAAUAUUCGUGAUGAUAAAGUCGCUGAAUACGCCAGUCGUCAUGAUGAAAUUAGAAACAAGGCGGUUGUCAAGGGUAUCACCGAUAAAUUUGUAUAUUUUAUUACCCCAAAUAUUAAAGAAAACAAUAGCAAUAAUAAUAACGAAGACGAUUUCUCUCUUGAUGGUGAACAAUAUAAAAUGCAAAAAGUACUCACUUCUGACAUUGUUCCAGAUCAAUCUCAACAAAAUUACUUUUUCAUGGUUAAAGAUGACUGUGUUUAUUAUAAUCAAUUAAAGAAUCGUGUUAAUCUUAAAAAGGUUAAAUCAAAGGAAGAAAAAAUCCUCAUUAGAAGCAGAAUCGGUCAACCUAAAUCUAUCACUUAUAAAACCAGAGAACAAAACUCAAAAGAACUACAAGAUAAAGAAAAUAUACUCAAUGAUUUACUACAAGAAGAAAAAGCUCCAUUUUCAAAUAAAAGAUUUAAAAGAUCAAAAUUAUCUGAUGAUGAAUAAAUUAAAUUUUAAAAUAUCAACAAAUAUCUAAAUAAAAAUUAAUAUAAUCGGAAAAAACAAUAAUUUUCAUUAUUU